UCAACUAGCGAGCAGAGGGGCAAGCCACUGGCCGUCCUUCUGUUCCAAUGCUGUCUGAGCCCUGGUUGGGGAUGGAGGUCAAGAGAUGACUCAGGUUGGACGCUACGCCACAUCCCGCUGGCCCUUGGACUGUGGUGUCCAGCAGCAUCCCGGCAUAAUGAGGGGCUUUGAACCCUCCAGCAGCCUCCUGCUCCUGCCUCUGCUUCUGACCGUGGGUGGUCUCGGUCCUGUCCAGGCUCAGAGCGAAUGCAACUGCUCCACGGUGAGCCCCGGGGUCUUGGCGGGGAUCGUGCUGGGGGACCUGGUGCUGACCCUGCUCAUUGCCCUGGCCGUCUACUUUCUGGGCCGGCUGGUCUCUCAGGGUCGUGGAGCUGUGGAAGUGACCCGGAAACAACACAUCACUGAGACUGAGUCGACUUAUCAGGAGCUCCAAGGUCAGAGGUCAGAUGUCUACAGCGACCUCAACACACAGAGGCCAUAUUACAAAUGAGCCAAAACCACGACAGUCAACAGCCAGAUGCCUGGAUCCAGUCAUUCCUGAUGCCCACCCAGCACCUCAUUCCUACUCCUAUCAAGACACAGAUCCACACAGUGCCCUUCCUGAGAUAUCAGCCCUUUCCCCACUAUUGUCCCAAAAUAAACAUGGAGCACAAAAA